GCUAUCAGUACCGAACACCCGACCUAAACCGCGUCUGUCACAAUGAGAUUAUCUUCUUUUUAAAGUGAAAACCCGCAUACCUUUAGAUCUAAACGAACGAGUCAUCUAUACACCCAUCUUGAAAGGAAUUAGAAGUUUUAGUUUUUAUUUUGGAUGGAUGUAACCGGGCCCUGAAGUUUUGGACAUAAAAAAUGGACUUAGUUGCGUGUUUGUUGUGUUUGCUUAUUUCCAGUAGGUCUUGGCAGAGUUCAUGGGCAUCGGGGGUACUCUACCCUCACGGGACGACGGAGGGGGACGCGGUGGCACCUAAGAACGACGAUGGUAGCACGGGAAUGAUCCACAUCACCGUAGAAUUCCCUUACUUUGACAGCCUCCAUACAUCACUCUAUGUGGACACAAAUGGCGCCAUCUCGUUCCUCCGAGAGGUCAGCCAGUACACCCCGGACGCCUUCCCCCUGGGGAACAACUGGCGUCUCAUAACGCCAUUCUGGGCAGACGUCGACACCAGGUACAACCACGGCGGCGUUUACUACCGGCAGACGACAGAUGCCAGCAUUUUAUCGCGCGCUAAUGGUGACGUCAGAGGGGCAUUCUUGUCUCAGGGACGUUUUGAAGCCACGUGGGCUUUUGUCUGUACGUGGGCGAACGUGACUUAUUAUAGAAGAAACGAGGAUACAGCUGCGACAUCAAACACGAAUACUUUCCAAGCAGUCUUAGUGACAGACGAAAUACACUCUUUCGUCAUCUUCAACUAUGACGUCAUCACCUGGACCACGGGGUCUGCCAGCGGGGGGUCGUCAGGUACAGGAGGAACUCCAGCGCAGGCUGGAUUCAACGCUGGUGACGGUAAGCGUUAUUUCAGCGUUCCAGGCUCGCGGACGGCCGCCAUCAUAGACGUGGAGAACACCACGAAUGUUGGUGUACCGGGACGAUGGGUGUUUCAGGUAGACAACGCGGAGGUCACUGCUGCGGGGGACUGUAGUAGUAGUAGUAGAGGAGGUCUUGUGGUUUCCCCCAUCCAGGGUCUCAUAUACGGUGGAACCGAAGUCUUUAUGUCAGGUCCCUGCUUCAAUGAGACCGAUGACCUUGUAUGCAAAUUUGGAGGUCAAGCAGUACCCGGAUACUACGUCAGCGAAUUGCGCGCGAAGUGCUUCGCCCCGCCGUUGUUCAACAAACAGCGCGUCAGCUUCCAAUUGUCCACUGACGCUGGGAAGUCUUUUAGAUAUAGAGCGUUUUUCAUUCCAACGUACCAUUAUGACGUAGAGUAUGACGUAGUGCGCGCUAACAGAGCGGCCUGGGAUAAUGGCGGUCCAUACGUUAUUAGGUGGGAAGUUGAGAAGCUUAACACAUCGCUGGUUGAUAUCGACCUUUUAGCCAUAAGUAACGAUGACAAUGGACAGGUUGAAUUACACUGGAUCCCUGUGACGAGAGGGAUGGCAAACUCCGGCACUGCUCGUCUUGGGGAGUUGAUACAAGUGGCGCCCCUGGCGGCAUUAAGUGGAGCCAUACGUGCGUCGUCUGCUGGAUCAGCGGUGGAGGAAAAGAACACAUCUCCAGUCCUGUGGUCGGACCUUCAUACCUUGGAAUGGUACGCGCAUGCGUACAUUACAGCCGUCUUACUGGGACAAACGAAAAACGCGGAACAUACAUCUUUUAUAGAUGACGUUAUUCCUGACCUCAGAGACCGGCUGCGAUCAACUCCCAAGAAUUGGGAAUCCAUCAUAUCAGCAUUGAAAGUUUACCGAAAAGACAUUGCCGGUUCUGUCUGCAGAUCUUGGUUUGCCAAAGAUAGAGACGUUCCGUUGCCUGGAGACCUCCCACCAUGUCCCUGUACGCUCCAGCAGGCACUGAGAGAUAGAGGGCGCUAUGGUCCAGACCCUACUUGUUACCAGGGGUCGUCCUAUGCAUAUAAUUGUGAGCUGAACCCCGGCGCCGAGCACUGUGUUAUAUCAAGUGGUUGUAGCCAAUCAGGAGGAGCCACGCAAUGCUGCUAUGACGGAAAAGGCCGACUUCUCAAUGUAGCCGACUGGGAAAUCGGAGGCGGGACCUUAGACCGAGCCCAUAUGACAUGUUCACAUCCCCACCAAGUCCCUUACGUGUCUCACUUUGUAAACGAUGUGGCGCCCCAGCAUUUCUGCUGCCUGUGGUCUGAAAGCCAGGAUCUCUGCAGGAGCACGUACUUCCGCCGGAGACCGUCACGUGACUGCAAGGGAUAUGUGCCACCAAGAAUAGUUGGCGCCUUUGGUGAUCUUCACAUGGUGACUUUGGACGGUACCUUCUACACCUUUAAUAGGUUGGGAGAAUACGUCAUUAUGCAAACAAAGGACAAACGUUUUGUGAUACAAGGGCGCACACAACAAAUACCAACUUCUAGAGCAGGAAUCAUGACACGAGCGACAGCUUUGACGUCAUUGGCUGUGACGUCAGGUGACGGCCACGUGAUUGAAGUGAACACGACUGCCCGAAGACCCAUCGAUGUUUUGGUGGACAGUAAGAGAGUCGAAUACAAUGAUUUAGCCCUGGGUUUUAUGACAGGUGUUUCUUUUCAUACACAGAACACUACAGCACUGGGGAUCAGUCUGCAGCAGUUCGGCGUGUACUUGGAGAUACAGUCCGCGGCUGGUUUCCUCAAUCUGAAGCUCUUCUUGCCAGCCACAUUUAAAGGUGAGACUCAGGGAUUGGUUGGAACCUGGAAUGACGACCCUGAUGAUGACUUCAUGGCCAGGAGUGGUACAGUGGUGCCAUCUAACGCCACAACCAGAAACAUCCAUGUGAACUUUGGAGAGACAUGGAGGACGGAAGAAAACACCAGUAUAUUUACCUACUACAACGGCACGAGCCACGCGGAUUACCAAGACCUGAACUUUGAGCCGCUGUAUGAAAUACCGUUUGAUUUUCAGUCCAAUGAGACCCGCCAGAGGGCGACACAAGUCUGCGGCACAAUCCAGCAGUGUCUGUUUGACUUUCUGAUGACCGAGAGAGAGGACGUCGCCAUAGCAACGAGGGAAUUUGUGCUCGGGAUUGAAAAAGCUGUGAAUGAUACCAAGCCGAUUGUGACUUGCGGAUAUCUUGCGACGCCGCUGAACGGGACGAAACACUUCACAGGUUAUUUCGCCGGCAAUGAGGUGACCUUUAGAUGCAAUGAAGGUCACACGUUGGCGGGCUCUUCAGUAAGGCGGUGUCUGAUUGGUGGAGAGUGGGACGGGCACAAAACACAGUGCAGAGCAUCAGGUACCACACGGCUUUCUUAUGGCGGUUUUCUCCUUCUGGUUUUGUCGCUUGUUGUGACAAAAGAUAUGGUCCUAUGAACUAUGGGAUGUCACGUUUCUGUAGCAACAGGAUAUGCAGCACGGAGCAGUGACGUACACUAAACUUAAAUAAAGCGAUGACCAUGACUUGAUACAUUCUACAGCAAUAUAUUGUUACAUAGCUUGUGAAAAACACGCAAUUUUAAUGUUUAUUUUCAAAAUAGGAGUUUUAACUUUAUAUAAGAUGUAUAAAAUAA